ACCCCUUGCUAGAGGUACCAGGACUGUAUAUAUGUUUUCUAUCUUUGCCUUGCUAGCUACAUAAAAGUAGUGUAGUGUUUCAUGGCUUACUUUUCAUGUAGAAGUACUAUAUAUGCUAAUUAAGCGUUGAAACUUGCCAGGAUAAAGAGGGCUAUAAUGGACAGUGGGCAGAUGUCGAAGAAGGAUCUGAAAGUGGAGAUUCCAUCAGAGUCUGAAAUGAUAUCCAGUGUUGUAGAGUCUUAUAUGGCACCAGCAGCAGGGCAAGGUGCGCCGUCUAGGCUUAGCAGACAGUCAAGUGUAACAAAGACCAAUUGCCUGUGCUCUCCAACCACGCAUGCUGGUUCAUUCCGUUGCAGGCUUCAUCGGGCCCCAAGUCUCCAGCGGACCAAAAGCAUUGACUCCCAAUCUGCAUCCCUUCGGGAUUCUACAUCUAAGCCAAAUUCUGCGUCGGCCGCUGCUGAAUGAUCUAGUAGUACAGAUGUAUGGAGCCUCAAUACUUCUCAUUGUAUAUGUAUGUUAGUAUAUAAGGUGUGUUAUUGACUUAUUGCUGCUACAAAGGCUCUGCUAAAAAUCAUUGUUAAUUCUGUAUUAACUAAUUUUUUUGUUUUCUUGCUGGAGUUUUUACUUCAUCUCCUUCCCAUGAUUAGUUCAUGCAUGCUUGAUACAUUUACAAAACUGAUU